AUGAAGAAGGACAUGAGGUAUAUGACCAAGACUAUAUUAAACCUUACUUUGGAGAUCAUCUACUUGCUGACUGGAGAGGAUUAUGUGCCUGCAAGGAAUUCCGAAAACUGUGUACCAACCACCAUCCAUACCCAGGUGUCAGAUGGACGUAGCAGGGUACAUAAGAAAAACAACGAACAGAAAAUACUACAACUCACCAGUAAGAUCAUGGUGCUGCUGACUGGAGAGGUUCCUAUAAGGUGUCAGGAUGUCGCUGUCUAUUUCUCCAUGGAGGAGUGGGAAUAUGUAGAAGAACACAAGGAUCUGUACAAGGACAUCACAAUGGAGAAUCACCAGCCGAUCACCUCAUUAUCUGAUGUCCUUCAGGCCAUAUAUAUAGGUGGAAGAUCUUACUACCUUAAUUCCUCAUUGGAUUCUAUGAAUGAGCACAGUAAUUCCAUUAAUAUCCAGGCUGCAAACCAUUCGUCAUAUGAUCCAAACACAGUCAAUCUGGAAAGUGCUACUGAGACACCGACUUUUUGUGAAGCAACAAAAGUCAUUAACACCUAUGAUUGUCCUCAAUAUCCUUCUAUUUCUUUUAGUAAGGAACCAGACUUAUGUUAUAGACAAAGUCCCAGAGAUGAUGACAUUUAUACAGCCAAAGAUCAGACACUACAAGAUCCAUUAACUUCCAUUAAGGAGGAAUCCAUCUCCUUCACUGGUGAAGAUCUCUCCAACAUGAACUCACUUUCUGAUGUUACUUAUACACUUACACAAAAUAAGGAGGAAUCAUUCUCAUGCAAUACAGAUAAAAUUGAUGACAUUUAUAGUCCAGCAGAUCACCCACAAGGUGAUUCAUCGCCUGUUAUAAAGGCAAAACCAAGUUCACAUCAACAAAAUGUCAGUGCUGCAUCUUCUAAUGGCAACAUCAUACAUCAUAUAUCCGCUACUGGGGAGUAUAUUACAUACUACCAUAAAAAUAAGCCAACAGAGAGACUCUUCUUCUGUUCAGAAUGUGGUAAAACCUUCAAUCGUAAUUCACAUCUCAUAAGCCAUCAAAGAAGUCACACGGGAGAAAAGCCAUACUCUUGUCCUGAAUGUGGUAAGCGGUUUAUGAGGAGUUCACAUUUAGUCAGGCAUAAGAGAAUUCACACAGGAGAAAAACCCCAUUCAUGUUCAGAGUGUGGGAAGCGCUUCAUCACAACUUCAGAUCUUGUGAUACAUCGGAGAACCCAUACUGGAGAAAGACCCUAUCAUUGUUCAGAAUGUGGGAAGAGCUUUGUCUGCAAUUCUGUUCUUAUCAAACACCUGAGAACUCACACAGGAGAGAAACGACAUUGCUGUCCUGAUUGCGGCAAGUAUUUUACUACCAAUGCCUAUCUUGUUGUUCACCAGAGAAUCCACACAGGAGAAAAACCAUUUUCAUGUACCCAAUGUGGAAAGAGUUUUACUUGUAAUUCCGUUCUUACCAAACAUCAGAAGAUCCACACAGAAAGGAGCAGCAAAUCGAAUCUUGUUAGACAAGAUAGAAUCCGGGCAUGGCAAGCAUUUUAUCCUUGCCAUCAAUGUGGGAAAAUUUUUGCAAAUAACACACAAUUUUUAAGUCACCAGGAAAUUCACUUAAGAGAAGCAUAUACUGAAUCACAACUUGAUGGACACCAGACCAGUCAUGAAGGAAAAAAAUCAAAUUUUUGUUGGAACUGUGGUAAAUCUUUUGCCAGUAAAAGACAUCUUGUUCUGCAUCAGAGACGGCAUAUAGGCGAGAAGCCAUAUUCCUGCUCAAAGUGUAGUUAAUGUUUCAUGGAAAGAAGACA